AGUAAUCUGUGGUAUCAUUCGUAAAUCGUAUCGCUACAAAACUCAAUUUGUUCGCAAAUAUUGCAAGGAAGUAAUUUUGUUCCAUGAAAACGCAGAAGAGUUGACACAAUAUGAGCUACCUAACUUUGUUGAAGCAGUCAACAGUGGUACAACUAUGCUUUGCAAUAUCAUACUUCACUUCAGGACUAAUCUUGAGCCUUAUCCAGGCUACACUAUACUUUGGACUAAAACCGUUUAAUAAAUAUUUAUACAGAAAAAUCAAUUACUAUCUUUCGUAUUCCUUUUACUGUCAAUUAGUGUUUAUGUCAGAAUGGUGGUCAGCAACAAAACUGUCUAUCUAUGUUAAGAAAGACGAGUAUGAGAAGUACUAUGGCAAGGAGCAUGGGUAUCUAAUCAUGAACCACAGCUACGAAAUAGACUGGCUAAUGGGCUGGCAUUUUUGUGAUGGUAUACAAGUUUUAGGUAACUGUAAAGCAUACGCGAAGAAGUCUAUUCAGUACCUGCCACCAAUCGGUUGGAUGUGGAAGUUCUCCGAGUUUGUAUUUUUGGACCGUUCCUUUGAUAAGGACAAAGAAAUAAUCAAAAGGCAAAUUACAGAGCUAUGUGACUAUCCGGAUCCUGUAUGGCUAUUAUUAACGCCUGAAGGGACGCGAUUCACGCCAAAGAAGCAUGAAGCGUCACUCAAGUUUGCGAAGGAAAAGAAUCUACCCAUCCUCAAGCAUCAUCUUACACCCCGAACGCGAGGUUUUACCACCAGCCUCCAGUAUUUCAGAGGGAAAAUACCAGCCAUCUACAACAUACAGCUUGCCUUUGAGAGGGAUAGCAAGGUACCUCCUACACUAAUGACGCUGCUGUGUGGCAAGCCAGUCCACGCACAUUUGUACAUACAGAGGAUCCCUGUGGACAGUAUUCCUGAGGACGAGGCGGAAGCCACGAAAUGGCUCCACCAAUUGUAUGUUACCAAGGAUAAAAUGCAAGAUUCCUUCAUGAACACUGGAGAUUUCUUCCUAGAAUCAGGUGUUGAGAGAGUAGAACCUUUUGAGCGGCCUAACCGUAUAUACUCACUCGUGAACACAUUAGGUUGGGCAGUUGUAACACUAACACCGAUGCUGUACUAUCUACUUGGACUUCUGUUAAGUGGAAAACUAUUGUAUUUUUCUAUCGGAUGCGCUAUUCUUGGUGCAUUUUACAUUCUACUUCAAAAGUCAAUUGGAAUGUCCCAGAUCAGUCAAGGUUCCUCAUACGGCACAGAGAAAAAAUAGUGCCGACUGACACACAAAUUACGUAUGUAACACAAAUAUUAUAUGCGUAAAAUAGUGUAUAAAUUGUAAUUUGUAACUGUAAUGUUUUAUUUAAGUAUAUUUUAUUGUUUUGUAUAAAAAAAAUCUACGAUACUAAUGUACCGUUAGAGAAUUUAAUUCAUAGGCGGGCCAUUAUCAUUUGGCUGCGUUAUGUUAAUGUAAGUCGUAAGGACCAGGCCACAACACUGCGUGCAUCGUAUAAAUCUACGACGCCGCAGAACGCACCGUGAAAAUUUGCGAUGUAAAGAGUGCUACACUAUAUGAAAUUUUGCGUAGCAUACGCAUCGCAUGUCUGUGCGAUGUUGCGAUACGACGCCGCAAGGCAGUGUUGUGGCCUGGCCCUAAAUCGGGAUUCUGGACUUGAUAUAACCCAAUCAAAUUACCUAGGUCAGCCAUCUGCCUAUGAAUAAAUUUGUAUGUAGUACAUUGUGAAAUUGAGUACAUACAUUAUUUAUAAUUUAUUUAUAGAUAUUAACUGUUUAACUUAACUGCACAAAAAUUGUGCAUAACUAUAUUUUAUUAAUAGUGAAAUGAACCAAAGUGUGUUUUGGAUGCAUUGUACGUUUUUUCUUAUAAAGGUUAUAAAAGCAAUUUAAAAUACAUUGCACAAAUAGAAUUUUUAUAUUUUAUAAUGCUAUGCAGUCAUUGGUCUGAAGCUGGUGGUCCUUUUGUAAUCUUAAAGUUAUCCAGAUAAAUAUCAUGUUAUCCCAUUUACUUUUUAUUAUUAUUUAUUUUUAUUACAGUAAAUUUUAACCCAGAGCUGAGAUGACCCAGAUCAGUGACAGGUGACCUUCAUAACAUCUAUAAUAUACACACUAAUGU